GAUACGAGUUGCAUACAUAAAUACCUUAGGUACCUACCUAAAUGUCUCUCUGAUGUUUUAUCAUCUACCGUUUCUCUAGGUUCUUACCAAAGGAUGCUGACUUCGUCAUAUUGUCUUAUUAAUAAUAGCGCGUGAGAUUUUAGAGGUGAGUAGUAAUACAGCAGGAAGUAAGAGAAUGCCGUUCCCCACCUGCCUUCCCUCCGGGUUGAUCCCUCGGACAAUCUCAAAAGCGCUACGAUUCUAUAAUAACCCCACUAACACCGCCCACGUCGCUUCCUACGCUUGUGCCUGUACAGCUGUCCCGCUCUCCUAUAAAAUCUCACCCCGCCAAAACCGCCAAAAUAAGGGUCUUUCUACCUUAACACAACCGCCGAAUCUUUUACCUCUACCAACAUCAUCUACCGCUGCACGACGACGCUUCCAAACUACAAUGGCCGCUAACAAGGAAUACGUACUCCUCGCUUUGGAGAACCCUCUUCUGGAUAUCCAGGCCCAAGGCAAUGAGGAGCUCCUCAAGAAGUACAACCUUAAGGCCAAUGAUGCGAUCCUGGCCUCUCCCGAACACAUCCCUAUCUACGAGGAGCUGCUAAACAACUACGAUGCCAAGCUGAUUGCUGGUGGUGCCGCCCAAAACACCGCCCGUGGAGCUGCCUACAUACUCCCGCCUAACAGCGUCGUCUACCUUGGUGGUGUCGGCAACGACAAGUACGCUGACAUCCUCCGCGAUGCCGUCAAGCAGGUCGGCCUGAGGGUCGAGUACCGCGUCGACCCCAACACCCCCACCGGCAGGUGCGGUGCCAUCAUCACCGGCCACAACAGGAGCUUGGUCACCGACCUUGCUGCCGCCAACCUCUACGACAUUGACCAUCUCAAGAGCCCUAAGAUCUGGGAGCUCGUUAAGAACGCCGAGUUCUACUACGUCGGUGGUUUCCACUUCACCGUCUGCCCCCCUGCUAUCCAGGCCCUCGGCGAGGAGGCUGCCGCCAACAACAAGACAUUCAUCGUGAACAUGAGCGCGCCCUUCAUCGCCGAGUUCUUCAAGGACCCGCUAGACGCAUCGUCCCAAUACUGGGACUACGUGAUCUGCAACGAGUCCGAGGCUGCUGCCUACGCGCGCUCGCACUCCCUGCCUGUUGCCGAGACUGACGUUGCAGGUAUCGCCAAGGCCCUUGCCAACCUACCCAAGGCCAACACCAAGAAGCCUCGUGUCGCCGUUAUUACUCAGGGUACCCUACCUACCAUUGUUGCUAUCCAGGGCCAGGAUGAGGUCAAGGAGUUCCCUGUCCACGCUAUUGAUGCUUCUAAGAUCACUGACACCAACGGCGCUGGUGAUGCCUUCGCUGGUGGUUUCGUCGCUGGUCUCGUCCAGGGCAAGUCCCUCGAGGAGAGCGUCAAUAUCGGCCAGUGGCUCGCACGCCUGAGCAUCCAGGAAUUGGGUCCUUCAUACCCCUUCCCCAAGCAAGCCUACCAACCCUCGUAAAUCACCUUCCUCCUGAGACAGCAGUGAAAGAAAGAGCCUGUCAAUACCAACAAUACCCCGGUGGCAACACCAAACAGCUUUGUCGUUACUCAACUUGGCGCAAAGGACGGCGUUCUCGGGAAGAAAAUUAGGAUAGGGAAAGGGUAGGUAGAAAGAUAUAUAUUGCUUUUCAACAGGCGGUGGGGAGGAUCCAUUUACUGCAUUUGCAAAAGCGAAGCGAAAUGAAAAAAAAGAUGGGAUAGGAGAACGCGGGCCAUCUUCCUCUAUCUUUUUUUUUCAUCUGCUGGGUUUCAACAACUGGAGGACAUCAUAUUUUCUUGUCUUGUCUCUUGUUGUUUCUGUGCAUCAUCAUUAAAUUUGCUUCCAUCAUAUAGCUAGAGAGCUAGCUGUAUGAUUGGUGGUGGCUGGCAUUAUCGUGCUGGCCCCUGGCCAUCGGGAUGUCGAUAGUGGCCUUUGGUAUACAUACAUUAGCUAGAUAACUAAGCUAUGUUCUACGAUCA